AUGGGAAAUCGAGGACGGCGUCGAAGUACUCACGCUGCGAAUCGGACCGAUCUGAGAGCUCUUGAGCGUAUGGAAAAGCAGAAACCGAUACCCCAAUCGGAAUUGGACGAAUCCCGUAGUCUGGAGAAUUCUAACCAGCUGGAAAUUCAGUCUAUUCGUUGGAAAAGACCACAGGGACCUGUCGUGAUACAGUACAAAGAUGGUAGUCACUACAAAGGCAGCAUGGAUGACGAGGAGAGACGACAUGGAACUGGUGUUUAUAUACUGCGAUCAGGACAUAUUUUUGAGGGUGGUUGGGUCCAUGGAGACUUUGAAGGGUUUGGUAUGCAGACGUUUUCAAAGACAGGAGACUGCCAUGAAGGCAUGUAUUGUAAAAACUACCGUCAUGGUACAGGAACGUACUUGUGGGCAAACGGGGACAAAUACGUGGGCAAUUGGCGAGCUGGAAAGAUGCACGGAAUUGGUACAUUUUUCUGGAAGAAUGGCGACUUUUAUAAUGGUGAAUGGAAAAGGGGAAUGAUGCAUGGCAAAGGAAAGAAGAUCUUCUCGACUGGGGAAAUGAUUGACGGAGCAUGGAGACAUAAUCAAGCAAGCGGUUGGGGGAGUCAAGGUGGAGAAUCACACGAAGGUACAUGGUGUCAAGGAAGAAUGCACGGCAAAGGUGUGUAUGUGUCGGCAGGUGGAUCCUUGCACGGUACGUGGCUCAGCGAUAAACUUAGUGGCCAGGGCGUUCACUACUUCCAAUGUGGUAGUGUAUACACUGGCGAGUAUAAAGCUAGUGAGCGAAAUGGUAUUGGUACACUGACUUUUGCUUCGGGAGAAGUGUAUGAAGGCGAAUGGCACAUGGGUGAGAUCCACGGUUACGGAUCGUGGUCUUCACCUGAUGGUAGGAAGUUCAUUGGAACUUGGAUUCAUGGUUUUCCAUCUGGCCGUGGCAUUUUCUGCUAUGAACAUGAUGAAAACCAGGACGAAGAAGGCGGACAUAUUGCUGAAACAAGGUCUAUGUUUGAGGUAGGAGAGUUUCGACGUGGUAGGCUUAUUACAAGAGGCAAGCAAAUUGUCAUAGGACGACUUGCCGCUCCAUCCUAG